AUGACUCCUCCUUCUCCAGAUCGUAACGCAGAAUCACUGACUAUCGUAAAGGCUGUUGACGGCUUUUUCAUCCCCAAGACGCCGGUUGGAAACGAUGCUACUCCAUCACUGACACUCUUCAAGCAAUUUCAAGUAGUGCCAUCAUGCUGGAGUGAGUUUCAGCAGAAGGUGACGCAAUUGGCAAAGGAGAAGCGACGCGAUGGAACUUCACGACAGAUCAAGGUUGUGUAUUUCUUGCGCCAUGCUGAGGGUACCCAUAACGCAGCCCACACCAAGUAUGGCUCUCCUCGGUGGGAAGAUGAAUUUGCGCGCACCGACGCGUUCUUUGACGCCCCACUGACUUCAUUUGGCAUCAAGGACGCACAGAGUAAGGGGCCGAUUAGUGUCCGGGCAGAGCUAGAUCGGGGCAUGCCGUCAAUCGAGAGAAUCGUGGUGUCUCCAAUCUCACGAACCAUUCAGACGGCUCAAAACUUUUUUACUAAAGACCAGGUGCCGGAUAAAAAGUUUACGUGCAUUGAGAGCUGUCGUGAGACGUUUGAUUGCCAUACGUGCAAUAAGCGGCGACCUCUGUCGGAGCUCAAACGUACGUUUCCGGAUGUGGAUUUCUCGUGCAUCAAAGACGAAGAGGAUCAGCUGUGGUCAACGACGCAUCGCGAGACGACAGAAGAGAUUCAGAAGCGUGCUUGCGAGUUUUUGCUCGAGCUUUUCCGCGAGAUUCCAGAGCGCUACGUGGUCGUAGUAGCGCAUCUUAGCAUCAUUGAGGCAAUUUGUGCCGUUACAUUGGGCAUCACGGUGCGUCCUCGUAACUGCGAAGUUGUUCCGAUUGUGAUUGAAACAUUCUGA